ACUGGCAGGGUGGGGCCUUGUGAACCUGGUGCUUAAGCUCUGAAUUCCAAGUUGGGGGGACACAUGCAAAGGAUUCUGGGCCUGAUUGUUUCCUCUAACCAGGAUGCGUUCUGGUUGGCAGGGCAACUGGCCUUCACUUGGUGGCCUUCAAUGGGUGUCCUCAUUGGUUGCCUUCGGUUAGUGCCGUCAGUUGGUACCCUCAGUUGUUUCUCUUCAGUUGGUGGUCUGCAGUUCGUGGUCUUCAGUUGUUCAGCAGUGGUGGAAGGAGGAUGAAUCUGUUUGUGCUCUCUCCUCCCCAGGCCACAGCUCUCAGGCUUGUUGCAUCCAGUCCCUUCUAAAAUAAACCAGACAUGUUGGUAGUUUUUUUUUUUAGCAGACAAGUCAGCUCAGAGUAUGGGGGCAACACAGGGUACAGGCUGCUAGCGCAGUGCUACCCCAUGGCCCAGGGCUGCGCAUGCCAGACAUGCAUUUGCCAGGAAGAGGCGAUAGGUGUUGAGCUCUGCAGACUUGGGUGAAAGCGAAGGCCCAAGCUGUCUGAGAAGAGCAUGGGUGCCCCAUGGGGACCACACUGAACUGUCGCAUGUGCACCAAAGCCAGCCCCAAUCGGGGCCAGCACAAGGGUUCUGCAGAGCCAGCCUUUGGCUCUGACGUCUACGAGUAUGCAGACAGUGAAGGCACAGGCCGCGAUAUACAGGAGCAGAGGCACUGUCCCCCAAUGCCAGCCUCAAGUGGGGCCAGCUCACGGUGGGGUGGGUGAAGCCGUCCUGCAGCUCUGAGAUCCACAAGGUGGAGGUGGCAGUAGCGCCAGACCCCACUGCUUUCGAGCCUGCCCAGUUGAAUUUGGGAGCCAGCAAGGGUCCUGACUGCAGCACAUUGGCGACCAGAAGACGCCCAAAGGACCUAUAAAUGGCACCACCCAGCCCAAUGGACAGAUGCCCCAGGCUGCGCAUUCUGUCAGUGCUGUUCUUGAAGAGGCCCAGGCACAUGCUGAAACAUGCAAGGAUCAGAAGCCAGCCCUCGGGAACCGCCAGGAGCCAGGAGCACCCCGGGCCCCGCAAGGCCCCAAGUCCAGCCUGCCCCACCCGCUCCGGUGCAGAGGUCCUGGGACACCCGUGGCAGCCCCUCCACACCCCCCAAGGCCAAGGGCACAGACAGCGGGGGCUUCCCCGCCCCGCCCGACUGCUUCCUGCCGCCACAGCAGCCACCAAUGCAGCUCCUGGAGUACCCAGAGCUCUCGCCGCCGCCCCCAGACUUCAUGGAGACGCCCCUGGACUUCGUGCUCCCUCCCCUCGCUGUCGCCAAGAGGCCUCCUAUGCCCCACCCCCCCAACAGACACGAAGCAUCAAUGUUCACAAGCAGCAAAUGAAUAAAUGUUAAACGUUCUUCCUACUGUAUUUCUAUAAGGAUUAUUGGGUCAGUCAAUCUGGAGGUCAACACUAUAAUUAAAACUAGCUUUCACC